AUGGAGUUGGACAGAAUUAGCAACUUACCAAGUGAUGUUAUAGCAAAACUUUUGUCACAUUUGUGGGUUAGAGAGGCAGUGAGGACAAGUGUUUUAUCAAGCAAGUGGAGAUACAGAUCGGCUAUGCUUCCUCAUCUUGUGUUUGAUGAUCAGUGUGUCUCAUCACUAGAGCAUAUAAGCUUUGUGAACAUUGUUGACCAUGUUCUCCUAGUUCACAUUGCCCCAAUUCACAAGUUUAAGCUUUCUUCUCUAGGUUGUCUGCCACUUGGGAUAUUGAUCGAUGGAUUCUUCGUCUAUCAAGAAACUCUAUCAAAGAGUUCAUACUUGAGAUUCGGCAAGGGUUCAACUAUAAAAUUCCUUCAUGCCGACCAAGAGAGUCAGGCUGCUUGGUCUGAAGUGAAAUCUUUAUAUGGCAACCGGGUUUUCCCACUCACCCAACUGCGGCUUGUUAAAAUAUCCUACAUCUAUGACUGCAAACCUGAAUUAGAUUUCAUCAGGUUUCUGCUUUUAAAUUCUCCUGUGCUUGAGAAGAUGAUUGUUAAGCCUUCUUCUCCCGAUGAUUCUUGGGAGCUCGGUGCACAGUUGCUCCGGUUAGGGCGUGCCUCAGUGCAUUCAGAGAUAAUCUACUUGGACCCAUGA